AUGGCCAACUUCCUCGCCUCCAUCUUCGGCACCGAGCAAGACAAGGUCAACUGCUCAUUUUACUACAAGAUUGGCGCCUGCCGCCACGGCGACCGUUGCAGCCGCAAGCACGUCAAGCCGUCGUACUCGCAGACGAUCCUCAUGCCUAACCUGUACCACAACCCGGCCUUCGACCCAAAGAACCGCAUGAACGCGUCGCAGCUGCAGAAUCACUUUGACGCAUUCUACGAGGACAUUUGGUGCGAGAUGUGCAAGUACGGCGAGCUCGAGGAGCUCGUCGUGUGCGACAACAACAACGACCACCUGAUUGGCAACGUCUACGCCCGCUUCAAGUACGAGGACAGCGCCCAAAAGGCCUGCGACGACCUCAACAGCCGCUGGUACGCCGCCAGGCCCAUCUACUGCGAGCUGAGCCCCGUCACCGACUUCCGCGAGGCCUGCUGCCGCCUCAACAGCGGCGAGGGCUGCGUCCGCGGCGGCUUCUGCAACUUCAUCCAUCGCAAGAAUCCCAGUCCGGAGCUCGAGCGCGAGCUUGAACUGUCGACGAAGAAGUGGCUCAAGAUGCGGCCCCGGUCGCGCAGCCCUACGCGCUCUCCUAGCCCGGAACCCACAAGGAGGCGGUAUUGA